AUGUACAUGAUAACGAAUGCUUUGUUCGUAGCUGGAUUAUACAUCCCAGUUGGGUUUCUGCCGGAAACAGGUCUCUCUGUUGGAAUAGGCAUGGAUGACAUAUCUUUGGUAUUUAGUAUAAGUGGAGUGGUUCAGAUUGUAGGACGACUAACAUUUGGUUUUUUGUCCUACAAACUCCCUUCUCACAUUAUAAAGUUAUGGAUCAUCUUCCUCCUAGCUGUGGGAUUAACCCUGUUGAUAGUCCCGUUCUCGACUCAACUCUACCAAUACAUUAUCUUCAGUUUGUUAAACGGCUUUUUUGCAGGAGGUUCUAGUAUUGGUUUCAACUUGUGUUUGAAAAAUUUACUUGAGCUCAAAUAUUAUGGAAGAGGACUGAGCUUUGCCUUAAUGAUGCAAGGUGUCGGUGGUCUAUUAGGUAACCCAACUGCAGCAUCAUUACAGAAAGUUUUUGGAAAUGGCAACAUUGCAUUCUUUUUUGCGUCUAUCAUUCUUAUUCUUUCGGGACUUAUAUUAUCCCCAUUCUCAAAAGGAAGGAAACAUAAUCCAACAGAGAUAGAAAUAAGUGUAUCGAAAAAGAAGUUGAAAGUCUAUACAAAACGCGUAGAACACAACAAAGACAAUAUCAUCGUGUACGAAAGAUAUGUUGACUUAGUUGAAUUUAAUGUUUGAAGAUACCUUGAAGUCGGUUUUAUGGUGAGACAACUUUAAACUUCUGUUAUGUUCUUCAACAAAUUCAGAACAGAACGUUCAGUAGCAUAGGUGACACGAGAGAUGACUAAGAAAUUAAUGAUUACAUGGUUAAAGUGGAUAUUCUGACGGACAAAGUGAACUAUAUCCCAUUAUAAAUUCU